UGUGUCUCUGCAUGUGCCACGUUGCCAAAUAGUUGUUAAGUCAAACCCUCAUUCAUUCCUUUUUGAAAAGAAACCUGAUCUAAGCCAUGUCUGGACUGAACGCAUCUCUCGGAUACUUCUUGGCCGUUGUGAUUUUUGCAGCCUCAGUUCGGACACUCCUUAAAAAAUGGCCACGAUUUAGCUUUAUUUUGGAGUUUGCAUCUUCUUUCAUGCUGGUGGCAUGUUGGCUGGAGGUGCAGACCAUUGUGGAGGUGGGCGAGUGGGCCGGGGGCUUGGGUCCUGACGUGACUGUAACCAUGCUGUUUGUGGUGCUGCUAACCCACGGUGUGAUCUGUGGUGGUGCGCCCGGGAAUCCCACCCUGGUGGUGCUUAAGUUCCUGCAGCUCGAGGCCACCACCCUGCCCACUCUCCUUGCUGUUGCAGCCCAGUUUCUUGGGGCCCACCUAGCCCUUCUUGUAGCUGUCUACUACUGGAGUCUGGAGCUGACUGACAUGCACAUGAUCAAAAACCUGAUGGCUAGAGAGUGCAGCACAUCUCUGCUGGUCUCUUUGCUUCAGGGUUUUUUCACUGAGUGUGUUUGCGCGCUCAUCUUUCACCUGGUCCAUCUCAACCUGCGACGCAGAUCUGCUCUGAUCCAGGUGCCCCUGAUCGCCAUCCUCCUCACUUUCCUGUCCCAUACAGCCAGAGGCUACACCUCAGCUUACAUGAAUCCAUCCUUGGCCUAUGGCCUCACCUUCCACUGUCCUGGAUUUACCUUCACAGAGUAUGCAGUAGUCUACUGGCUGGGCUCUCUCACAGGCAUGACUCUGGCUCUGCUCCUGUAUGUGGGCCAUAUCCCGAGGAUUUCUACCAAGAACCUACUAUAUUUCCAGAAGACACGUUUCCGAGUGCCAAAGGGGGACAAAGGAGAAAAGAAGAAAAUGUGAAAAAAAAAUACAGUUUUUUAUUUUAUUUUAUUUUUUUUUUUUAAAAUCAACCUUUUAGGAAAGUACCUGACAAGAAAUGGUUAAUGGUCAAUAGGUAUUUACCUCAAGUAACAGUUACAUGCCUGUACAGAGAAUGUAAAAUAUUAAGCAUAAAAAAAAUUAAUAAAUUAAUUACAGUUUUC